CCGACCUGCAGGGCCAGGAAGUGCCCCGCCUCUCCCCAGACACCGCCGCGCCUCUGUGCAUUGUCCCACGGCAGCAGCACGGUGGCGGUGGGAACAGUCAGCCCAGCCCAGCAGCAGGCGGAGAAGGCAGCGGGGACGGGGACGCAGGGAGACCAGAGCCCCCAGCCGGUACCGACCCGAGAGGCACCGCAGCAGCAGCAGCAUCCCUCACCUGCCGCAGCUUGAAAACCCGUGCAAUAGCUUGUGCCAUUCAAAUACGAUUGAGAGCGACGGGAAUUGGGCAGCCGCUGGAGUUCAGCUUCUCCUUCCCAGCAAGGUCUAACUGUAUAGAAUGGCACCUGGUGUAACAGCUGAGAAGAAGACUGAGGAUGAACAGUCAUCAAAAGAUAACUUAAUUCAUCUCUCCAACCCUCACCUUGAGAAAAUGAAAGAUGAUAUCCUGUACCAUUUUGCUCUUGGGACUGGCACCCAUGAUUUUCCUGCCUUGUUUGGAGAUGUAAAGUUUGUAUGUGUUGGAGGAAGCCCUUCACGGAUGAAAGCUUUUAUCACCUACAUAGCUGAAGAGCUUGGCCUUGGGAGCGUCGGUGCUGACUAUCCCAACAUCUGUGCAGGAACGGACCGUUACGCGAUGUACAAAGUAGGACCCGUGUUAUCAGUCAGUCAUGGUAUGGGCAUUCCCUCUAUUGCAAUCAUGUUACAUGAGCUGAUAAAGCUGCUGUAUCACUCCAAGUGUUCCAACGUAACCAUUAUUCGCAUUGGCACCUCUGGUGGAAUAGGUCUGGAGCCAGGCUCAGUGGUAAUAACCAGUCAAUCAGUAGAUGCUACCUUCAAGCCUCAAUUUGAACAGGUUAUUCUGGGAAAGACUGUAAUUCGCAGUACCAACCUAGAUGACCAACUAGCUAAGGAACUGAUGCAGUGCAGUAAGGAGAUAAAUGAAUUCAAUACAGUAAUUGGAAAUACAAUGUGCACUUUGGAUUUCUAUGAAGGCCAAGCCCGUCUGGAUGGUGCAAUCUGCUUAUAUACUGAAGAAGAGAAAUUGCAGUAUUUGAAGGCAGCUUAUGAUGCUGGAGUCCGAAACAUUGAGAUGGAAUCUUCAGUUUUUGCUGCUAUUUGUAAUCUUAGUGGUGUCAGAGCUGCUGUGGUGUGUGUCACACUUCUGAAUCGACUUGAAGGGGAUCAGAUUAGCAGUUCACAUGAUGUGCUUGUGGAGUAUCAGCAGAGACCGCAGAAAUUAGUGGGACACUUCAUUAAGAAGUGCCUUGGGAAAGUGUGAUGUACCCACCCCUUUGCGGAUUAUUAGCAGAAGGCUAGUAUUUCUUCUGACUUGAAAUAAUGCUCAUAACUAUAAAUGCCUAGAAAAGCUCUUUUUUACCUCAGGAUAGCUUACACCAACCAAAAUGCACUAAAGCUAAUCAUUAGUAGCUGUAUGUUUCAGUAGCAGAACAUGCUGAAUAAUCUUAAAUGAAGAUUUACCUCAUUUGUAUUAUAUCAGAGGACAUAUGAUUUUACACUUUUCUGUAUAUAGUAACUCCUCGCUUAAUGUUGUAGUUAUGUUCCUGAAAAAUGCUACUUUAAGUGAAACUAUGUUAAGCAAAUCCAAUUUCCCCAUAAGAAUUAAUGUAAAUAGGCGGGUUAGGUUCCAGGGAAAUUUUUUUCGCCAGACAAAAGAUAUACACACACACUUAUAUAUAUAUAUAUAUAUAUAUAUAUAUAUAAAAAUGUGUGUAUAUGUCUUUUGUCUGGCGAAAAAAAAAUACACACACACACUGUAAGUUUUAAACAAACAAUUUAAUAAUGUACACAGCAGUGAUGAUUGUGAAGCUUGGUGGAGUCACAGGGUGGAAGAGGGAGGGAUAUUUCCCAGGGAAUGCCUCACUGCUAAAUGAUGAACUAGCACUUGGCUGAGCCCUCAAGGGUUAACUCGUUGUUAAUGUACACUUACUCUACAAGGCAGCAGGAAUGGAGAGAGGAGACACAGCAUGACAGAGAGAGACAGAGAUACACCGUUUGUGUGUGUGUGUGUGUAUGAGUGAGAGAGACACACACACCAUGUGUGUGAGCGAGACAGUUGCGCAUUGCCCCUUUAAGUACGCUGACCCCACUUUAAGUACACUGCCUUUUAAAGUAGAUCAGCAAGUUGAGACAGCAGCUGCUGCCAGCAAGCUCCUCAGUCCCAAACCCUGUGGUGUCCCCCCACUCUGUGGAAAUGGGGUGUAGGAGUAGGGGGAGGGGGACACCCAGACAUUAGCACCUCGCUUCCUCCCCAUGCACAGCAAUCAAACUGCCGGCAAUUGAUAGCUUGCUGGGCAGCUGCCGCACAGGGAACUUAGCGGAGCUGAUAGGGGAACUGCCGAUCUACCCUGGUUCCAAGCCCCCACCAACUAGCUCCAAUGGGCCACUCUUUCUGCGAGCAGUGGACAAAGCAGGCGGCUGCCAAAAAACGUUAGAAGGGAGCAUUGCGCAACUUUAAACAAGCAUGUUCUCUAAUUGAUCAGCAAUGGAACAACAAAAUAACAUUAAGUGAGGAGUUAUUGUAUUAGAAAUUAGCCCUAAUGUGCAGGAUUAUACUAUAGUAAUAUAUAAAAAAAGCUUUAUUUAUUCAUUCUAGCAAGAAGAACAUGUUAAGUAUUUGCAAAGCCAAACAUUAAAACUAGCUUCAAAAGAAGAGCUAAAUUCGUUACAUCAAAAUGCCAUGUAAAUAGUUAUCACUGCCUUUUAUAUUCUCAUUUCACACAAGUGAUCUGGCAAAAACAAGAUGUACUGUAAAUCCUUAUUGUGUUUCAUAUUUAGUAAUCUUUGAAUAAACUGCAUUAUACUCA